ACGUGACUUCGAUUGCGGAGUUCCUGGAACAAACAAAACAAAUGACAGCUGACCAUCAGACGGGGCUUCCUCCGCAUGACGCGCGAUUUGACGUGUCAACAACUGUUUUUUUAUAAUGUAGGCAACAAUACGGAGACAUUCGAGUCGCUGGACUAAUUUCCAAGGUGAUCGGAGAAGUCGGUAAAGCUGAUAGAAAAUGGAAGCUUCACGACCAAAGAAGACCAAGACAAAAACCAGCUCAAAAUCUCAGCUGGUCAGGAAGCAGAAGCAGUCAGAGGAAGACAAAAGAGCCACAGCUCCCUCAGCUACCCUUGAUGAGGCCUUCACCGACAUCCCCCUCAGUCUGCCAUACCAGGAGCCGCACCCUGAGACCACAACACGGCCUUCAGGUCUUCCUUCUGAGACGCCGCAGACCUCCUCGUCGAAUGCUUUAUCAACAUCAGUGUUAACUGCGACUUUACAGUCACCUCAGACAUCAAAGGAUACAGUGCAUCUGACAGAGUCAAACGAUGAGGAGGAGAAGGUCGCUGAAGUGGCAGCUCACGCCGUUGAGCUUGAUGUUGCAGCACAGACCACUGAGUCUGGAAAAGAUAAACAGUCGUGGAAUCAGUUAGGUGUUUUAACUCCGUUUCAAAUCCCAAAUGCCCCAAGUGCCCCAAGUGCCCCUGCGCUGUACCCCUCUCUCCCAAGACUGGAGGAGGUUUCCAUGAUUCAGCUCUGCGAGGAAGCUGUGAAAAAUAGGGAAAAGGGACCUGCAGUGUUGGCACUUCCUGAGCAGGAAUCUUCCCCCCCAAGUUUGCAGCCUGUGGAGUCUGUAGCAGAACUUUCUAGAAGCAAACUCUACCCAGAAUUACCAGAGACAGCUACAGAAAUACAGCCGUUCUCGUUGGAGCAGCUGGGUGUUUGGGAGCCCGGUGGAGGUUUGCGAGCCUGGUUGGAGGGCGUUGAAGUGUGCGCUGCAGAGUUCUGUGCCCUUGCCCGACAGGAAAACCACGAACUGACCGAACUUCUUCAGAAUUACUGGCGCUGUCGUAGACAGCUGACCCAAUCUCACACGCUGCUUCUUACACAAUCGUCUGACUGCAAGAGCACACAGAAUCGUCUCUGGAGCUUCAGAGAUGAACAGCUUACUCUACAGGGUGUGUGUGCAGAUCAGUCUAAGGUGUGUGGGUACCACCGCUUCCAGCAGGCAGAGUUCAGUCAGAGUGUGCUGGCUGAGCUCACGAGGCUGUUUGAAGCUCGCAGUGAACUACUCCAUCAGAAGGUGGCGCUACAUGCGUACACUGCUCUGCUGUCACGCCUCCAGGUGGAAUCGUACUUGUAUCUUCUUCUGAAAGAUUUUUCUGGGAGCCAACCACAGCCCUGUUCUCUCCAACCCUUGAAAGAGGCCAUCAGUGUCCUGUUUAGCUUCACCCGUAGAGUUCUGGACGACACACAGUUCCAGACAGACAUCCAUCACUGGCUGGAGAGAUUGGUGGCAGUCCUCCUCCAUGUUGGGGGGUCAGGUGAGCACCUGUACCUGCUGUGUCAUCUUCUGUGCUGUCCUGCCGGGGUGGGAAAGUGGGCUGCACCCUUCCUCCAGAUCCAAGUUCUGGGGAACGCCUGUGGGGUUCUGCACUUUAUGCAAGCUCUGACCGUCCUUAUGUCUCCUUCAAGACAUCGUGCAGAGUUUCUGGCACAUCUAAAGCCGUGUGAGAGCCAGAACUCAGCAGCUUCUGGACCUGAGUCUGGUAACUGGACACUAGUUGAUGAAGCGGGAGAGGAGGAUGAGGACCCUGACCGCAGCUGGUUGAUGCUCUGUGAGGAGGAUCUGAUCUCCCUGCUGACCCAGUUCCCAUUCCAGCAGCUCUAUUCACACAUGCUGGGCAUGAACAAGCAGGGUGUGUAUCAACCCCAGGCCUGUUCCAGUCAGAAGAUGAUGCGUGUUUUUGCUUUUGCAUCCUCGCUCAUUGAAAUCCUGGCCCUUGGUCUUCAAACCUAUAACAGAGCACGAUACAGACAGCUAGUUAAGCGAAUGGGACACAUCAUCCGAAUGACAGUGUGUUAUGUCAGUGACCACUGGGCCCAGUAUGUGAGUGUCACAGGUGCUGGUGAAUCCAGCUCUCAUGCACAGACUUUGUCUUUGGACAAACUGCAGCUGGAAUAUGACAAUCUCUUCCUCAGGGCCGUGUUACAUGUACUCCGAAACAAACGGUUGGGGAUUUGGUUGUUUAUGUCAGAGAUGCCAUAUGGGACCCUGUCCAGCUUUAUGCUGUGGAGGGUUCUUUACGUUAUGCAGUGCGUAGAGACAGCAGGACUGGAGACACUCGGCACUGCUACCGACACACGCUCCUGCAUUCAGGCUCUGAGAGAUCCAGAGCACCAGGAGAAGUUUGAGCACUGGCUUUGUGAAGUAAACAGCUCUGAUGGCAUCUCCCUCCUCAGCGCACUAGCACACAUGGCCAUACCGACUCAGCACUCUGACCCUGCGUUCGUCACGACCAUAACUCUGCUGAUGUACCAGGUGUCUUAUGUGAGCGUGACUACCAGAGAAACUUACUCGAAGGUGGGGAGAGAGUUGCUGGCAUCCAUAGCAACAGCCCAUCCCCACGUUAUCUCUGUGCUCCUGGAGAGACUGAGGGAGACAAUACAAACUGUGGGAAUGGUGGCCCUGUACUUGUGCAAAGAGCUGCCUUUGUGUCUGUGGCGGCCACGGCCGGAGGAAAUCUGUGUGAUCGGAGCCUGGCUGCUCCAACAUCCUCUGUCUGCUGUGGAGAACCGACUGGCCUGCGUCAUACUGGAGGGUCUUAACUGGGGUUACACAGAGGAUGGCUCCUUGGCCCUCUCCUCGUCUCUCCACUGUGAAGUGGCUUUGCUGAUUGUUGAAGCCUAUCAAAAGUACCUCACAGACAAACCAUACAGUGGCCUCAUAUCAGAGGGAAUCAAACAGGUGUCUUACCUUGCAAGUGUCCUUCGUUUGGGCGUGUCUCCUGAAGCCUCCUUUAGUCAAUGGGCUUGGCAACUGUUACUAAGGCUGAAGCUCCAUGGCAACGCCCAGAACCCUAAAGGAGCCUGGUCGGGUCCUGCUUUGGCGUCCAACCCACCUCCAGAGCUUAAACACUCUCCCAGCAUGCACUCUGUCAUCAGGGCGGUAAAAGCAGGCAUCCCUAUUGGUUGCUACCUGUCCAUUUCCAUGACGACAGUGGGACACAGUCUUGAACACUUUUGUACUGAUGGAGUCGGGUUGUUGAAGACUCUGAUACAAUCUCGCCACCUGAGAGCUGCUGUGCAUCUUCUGGACAACAUCCUACCCCCAACCUACCCUCUCAGCUUCUACCUGCUCAAUAACUCUGAGUUUGUAAGUUGUAUCCAGUUGUUUUUGCAGUACGACAGCGUGUGUCCUCAAGGUGUGACUCAGCAGGUCACUCACCGGGUUGCACCACUGCUCACAGGAACAACCUACGAAGACAUUGUCCGACAUCUGAACAGCGUCAUUCAGAGCCACGUGGUAGAGAGCUCACAGCCCGGCCGUGUCGGUGCUGCAGCGGUGCUAGAGUUUUGGGUGGGCAUUUUGACUCAGCAGAACCUGUGGUACCGGGACAAAACAGUCUUGUUCCUCAUGGAUCAGAUCUGCUGUGCAGCAUUCACACACACUCAGGAGGAAUGUGUGCAGAAACUUCUCUACCAACAGCAUAAGAAUGCUUUGGGUUACCAUGGAGAUAGAGGUCUGCUCUCCUCUCUGGUUGGCUGGAUUGCUGGGAAUGCCACUCCCUCAUUUAUAGAGGGCCAAUCCCUGAGUUCGGAGGUUUGGUUUGCCUGGCUGGUGCUAAAUAUGGAGGGCGUGUUCGAAGAGGAUUCUCAGCUUAGACGCUGCGUUGAACAGGAGCUCCUGUCAGAGCCUAACAUUUCCCCAGAUCAAGCCUUAAAGAAAGCCCAGCAGAGGCUGAAGUUGCCCGUGGCACCAUCUCUGCAGAGACUACAAGUGUACCGCUGGGCGUGUCAGGCCUUGGCCACGCCUCCCGACCAUCCCCUCCUUCCCCUGGUCUGGCAGAAGUUCCUACAGCUCUACUUCAGACAGCCAGGACCUGAGUACGGGCUGGUUGCAGGGGGAUGCAUCGGCCGAAGGUUCUUCCAGGCCUCUUCUCAGGCAGCCUUACUCAGGGACCUGAGACAGAGAAUACAGGAGGUGUCUGACUUCCACCACACUGCCAGUCAGGCCCUCAAGGUGCCACAAGCACACACCCCUUUAACAGAUGGCCAAGGAGAGGAAAGCCCCGACAGUCCCUGCCCCCCUUACCUCACCUCUCCUCAGCUACACACAGAGCUGGUCAGGUUGUUUGGUGUAUUUGCCGUAUGGCUGGAUGAUGAGACUCUGCAGAAGCAGGAAGCAUACCUCCCUACUCUUCCUCCUGAGUAUGAACCACACAGACUGGCUCAGGUGAUGCAGCGGCAGCAGGAACUGUGGCUGGAGUAUGUGGACCAGGAGCGUCUGCAGUAUGACAAAAGAGAGAUCCUGUCUCUGUGGGAAAAGGUGCAGAGUGAGCCAGUCUUCUUGCAAGUUCAAAACCCCUGCUUCCCGGACUACACCAACCUCAACAAUGCAAGGGAUCGUAUCCUAUCCAACCUGCAGAAGCAUCCGGUCCCUCGUCCGGCUCCAGAGCUGCAGCAGCAGAAGGCGCCAGUAGCUGAAGUCCCCGCAAUCUGCCUCACUGACUCUAAAGCAGCUGCUAAAUUGUUACAGAAGGACCUCAGCAUCCUGCAGGAGCAGGCCAGGAUUGCAGUUGCACGAGAGGCCCAGCAGGUGGCCAUGGAGCAGGAGCUGCUGGAGAGCCUUCCAAUACUCUAUAAGAACCAACCAGAGCAAGUCACCAUGGCUCUGGAGUGUAAAGGGAAGGGUGGCCAGCCGUGCCAGGGACCCGCGAACAUCACUGUCACAUGUGAGCGUGUCCAGAGGCAGGAGGCAGUGCAAACUCAGAUAACAUCACUGCGCAGGGACGUCAAGAAAUUUCAAACUGACGCCAUGGCUCCUCCACCUCAGGGCCUGGCCCAGGCUGCGGUCCACACCGAGAACUUUCUAACGGCUCUGGUGAAUAUGUAUAAGGCACAGAAAUCCCCGGCCGUGCUGCACGUCGGGGUGUCUGCCUUCUACCAUGUGGUCUCCUUUGUGUGUGAAGACACACUACGUCAUCCCCCAACACGCCAGUACCUCUCCUCGUGUGUGGAGAUACUGGGACAGGUGUUCAUCCAGGGAAAUGCAAAGGAAUGUGGUCGUGUCCUGAAAACGAUCCUGGAGCAGAGGCGUCUUUGCCCACUCAUUUCCCCCUUCUUCACUCCCAAUUCAGCACCCAAUGAGCUCGUCUUUCUCUACCAGGACGUGGUGACAUCGCUCCACCUCGAUGGCGCGGAUGUCAUUUUCAUGCUGCUCACAAAGUUUGAUUUGUCUCAGUGGCUGAAUGGGGCCCAUCCCGUGUUUUCUGAGAGGACCCGUUUGCUGGAGUUGGUCCACGGAGCUCUCUGCGUCUGCGGCAGAGAUCCUGAGCCUGAACUUCUCACACCGUUUCACCUUUUUACCAAACACUGGACUUUGCUCCUACGCCACCAUUUCCCUGAUCACUACAGUGACUGCUUGCGUCUCCUUAUGACCAGCUCCUCAAACCAGUUACUGAGUGCUGAAUGCUGGAAGGUGACCCUGCGAGUUCUUGGCUGUUUACCUCCGUCUCGCAAUACCAAAAUACCAAAAGCUGAACAAACACCGAACACCACUGAUGUCUCUGGCCAUGCUUCUCCCUACAGACCCGUCGUCAGCCUCUCCCCACAGCAGGUGGAUGAGACAGUUGUUUGGCUAAGUGAUUAUUUCCUACGGAGUCGUCUCAGUAAGCCAGACCUCCGUAGUUUCGGCCUCUACUCAGCCUGGACCCCCUACAUCGGUGAAGUGGUUUCCUUCUGGGACCAUUUGACUGGCUGUCUAAUCAACGUGCACCUCAGAAGCUGUGCCAAAGAGUCAGUGGGCAGCGGAAAAAUAAUGAAAGCUCUGCAGGACCUACACAGCAAGAUUGCAAAGUUAUUUAAGCCUUGGAUCUUUCCUGUGGAGACCGAUGAUGAUUGUAACCGCAAGUGUUACCCGUGGCUGGAGACGGACGGAAGUGCCGCAGGAUGUCUGGUUGGCCUGUAUGCUAAACUCACUGACGCGCUACAUCACAAGUUCAGAGAUCGUCUGCUCCCCGGCCAGAGAGGUGCCCUGUGGUUGUGUAUGAUGCAGUACUGUGAGAGCUGCACUUCUCCCCAUACACCGGAGUACCUUCUCUACCUGUACCACACACAUCUCCGCGGGCUGCCCUGGAGACACCUGCACCCCGACACUCAGCUAAUGGAGCAGCUAUUCAAUGUGGAGAGAGGAAGUCCCAAGAGUUGCUUCCUCUUUCUGGGCGAAGUGUUCUGUGAGGUUAACUGGGUCAGCGUCCUCAGUGACCACUUACAAACACCUCACACCCUGACGACAUAUCCAACUCUACAGGACACGGACUCUCAGAAGGAGUCACACACCAUGUUAGUCUAUCUCCUAUACAUGCUGGUUUUUCUGGCAAAGGAGGAACAAAUUCUGAGUACGCAGGACUCCCCUCUACUCAGUCUUUUGGUCCAAUCCACCUCUCUGCCCUGGCACCAACUGGACUUAAAUUCCUACCAGGGCAUUCUGGGAUAUGUCGGCACCCACUACCCGCCCUCCUUGCUGCUCAGUUCUGAUUCUGCGCUGCAGCUGCUGUUGAAAUCUCUGCGCAGUGCUGCUGGGCUCGGGCCCCUCCCUCAAGAAGUUCCACACAGGGAGGAGACGCAGAAGGCUGGAGCGCAUGUGUGCUGGUGUGUGCAGUCUUUGGUGACCCUGGAGCAGGGAGGCAGCAUCAGCCUCAGCAACUUGGAGGCUCAGCUGGAGUCUCUCCUGGAGAGCGUCGUCACAUUCAACCCACCAGAGACCGAUUUGGAGAGGAGACACAUGGCGUUCUGCGGUCUGUUCAGCGAAGCUCUUGCUUUGCUGAAUGGAGUUGGUGUCUCAACAGGCGAGGCGCUUGCUGCUCAUGUUAUUACCUGGCUGGACAGGAAGGGGAGGGGCUUCCCUAUUCUGCCACUCCUCACUGCUUGCUCCCGCUGUCUCGCGUCAGUGCGGCAUAUGACGAGGAUCAUGGAGGCAUGCAUCACAGCGUACUUCAACCACGCUGAGGAGGAGUCUAUGGGUUGGGGUCCUGUGUUGGCAUCGCUGCAGGUGCCUGAACUCACAGUGGAUGACUUCCUCUCCGAGAGCCAAUCGGGGGGCAGCUUCCUGACGCUCUACGCCUUCAUCCUUCAGCGCCUCAACUCUGAAUGCACAGCAGCCAAUGAGAGGAGGACUCUGGCUUUAAUCAACACAUGGACCAAUCAGGUGUUCCCCAGUGGUCCAGGUGAUGAAGCCAAGCUGUUUCUUUGGUGGCACAAAGCACUGAGUAUGUCAGCGGAGCAGCUGAGGCCGCAGGUCGGACAGACCGAAGUGUCAGGGAUCGUCAUGGGUCUGUUGAGGUUGCAAACCAGGCUGCUUCAGCUGGGCGAAGAGAGACUGAACUCUGGAUUGUUGGGAGCAAUCGGCCUGGGGAAGAGGUCUCCUGUUUCUAAUAGGUUCAGGGUAGUGGUGCGUAGUCUGGGAGCAUUCCUGUCAAUCCAGAUGCCGUCAGAAACCGAGCUGCGACUCCAACCCACCAGUGACUUGCAGCUCUCUGCGAAAGCACAGCAACUGUUGGGGGUGUUGGAGGCCAUGCCCAGCAAUAAACAGUACGCUGAGUUAGAGGAAUCUGUGAAUAAAGCUGUCCAGUUCAUCCACUACCCGGGACACUGUCUCAGGGAUGGACCUCGUCUGCUGGCCCUGCUAUCCAACCUGCUAUACCCUGACCUCCGAUACCUGCACAUUAUCCGUUAGCCGUGACUUAACCUGACCCUGCUGCAGAUCCAAGUGGACAUUUGCCUUGUCUGCAGCAAAUACAGUGAGCUGAACUGUACAACAUAAAACCUUUCUGGAGUUUUCAAGGAGUGACAUUGAAUUGCUAUUGGUUUUUAUAUCAGUACGAGCUAUAUGUCUCAUCAGCGGGGUGUUUGUGUGUCUGAUGAUUCAUCACAGCACGCUGUGCAUUUUGUAAAAAAAAUAUACAUAUUUUAACUGGUAAUCUUCAAUGGGGCGUCAGAGCCAAUAGAAAUGUUCAGUACUAACCUCCUUGCUUCUGCUGAUUUUUCUACCUUGUGACUCUUCAAGCAUUCUGUUCUCUUCUUGAUUCGAGAGGAUGCUACUCAUUUAUAUUGUUGCAGAAUUCAAUGCGGAGGUGUGUGAGUGUGUGAGUUUCAGACCUGCAUGGCGGAUCUAACAGAAAAGGUUGUCUGAGGUCUAUAGGUUACAAUUGAAGAGUUGAAUGACCGAUCUAAAGCCUAGAAGUUUACCAGUGAUCUCCAAAUGAGGAUUGAGGGAUGAACCAAAAAAAGCUGGAGGACAGGGUUCAAUAAGUCAGCUGUUAAUGCUAGCAUCUAGCCACAAUCUCUCAAUCACAGAUGCUAUACACCUACAGUGUUUAUGUUUAGGAACAUUUAGCCAGUAGUGUGUGUAUGUCCAGCAUAAUGUUUUUCUUGUUUCUGCCAAAGAGUUGUUCUUUUAUUUGCUUAGCUACGUAAACCUCCUUGAACAUGAA